AUGGAGCUUGAGGAGGAGAGUGUACAACUCGAGAAGGACAUCGAGCAGGAGAUUCGCGAGCUUACCGAAGAGGAACAUUCGCAUAUACUCAGUGCACCUGAAUUCCUUGACUUUGUGGAGGAAUCAUCAAAGAUAGUACAGCGGGCGUUAAACGAUGGUUAUGACUACAUUCGUGAUGAUACUAUAGGCACGGAGGCAAACGGGUAUGGCGGACGAAUUCAACUUCAUUAUGCUACUUAUGUUCUAGUACAGAUCGGAGAAAGGGGCAUCAAUCUCAGCGGCGGCCAGAAGCAGAGAGUCAACAUCGCUCGUGCUCUGCACUUCGACCCUGACAUCGUCAUAGUAGCCUAUGGCUCGAAUCCCGAGUGUUUUGGGCAAAGACAUCGACAGUUGGACGCGAGUCUUCUGUUGCCGUGUGGUGAAAUCUUACUUAUCCAUGGCCCAGACGCAGUGAGGAUGGUUGUCCUUUCGCUGUCCAAUAUCAUGGGCUCUAUCGUCAUUGUUGUCAUCCUUGAACCGUACUUUGUUAUUGCUGUCUUCUUCAUCGGCAUUUGUUACAGCUAUUUUGCUACCUUCUAUCAAGCCAGUUCCUGUGAGGUCAAGCGCAUAGAAGCAAUGCUUCAUUCACUUCUGUAUGCCCACUUUUCCGAGACAUAG